AUGUUUGGUGCCAAGAAGCAAGUUCUUCUCGAUAUUUGGACCGAACUUGUCAAUGCUAGGAUGGAAAGCGGCCAUGCUUAUGCGAAAUCUCUCCGGGCAGUCAAGAGCUGUGUAGGAACUACAUGGUGUCGGUUUGGAGUUGGUGACAGCGUUGGAAUGGCAAUUCGCCUUGAGCAGCGCUACAAAAAUACCGACCGUGUUCAAGUUUUGGGAUUCAACGUCUUUGUCGGCGGUAAUGGUGGGGCAAAGCCUCGGCACUCAGAGCUACUAGCAAAGGAUGUUCCACCUGAUGAAGUCAUUUCUCUUCUCGACCGUUAUCUUAUAUUCUACAUACGAACAGCCGAUAAACUACAAUGCACCGGCCGGUGGAUUGAGAAUCUUCCAGGCGGAAUUUACUACCUCCGCGAGGUGGUUAUUAAUGACAAGCUUGGUAUAUGUGCGGAACUAGAGCGGCAAAUGGAAGAGCUAGUAAGCUCUUAUUUCUGCGAGUGGGCCGAAACUAUUAAGGAUCCGGAAAGACGCAAACACUUUGAGCAAUUCAGUAACACCCCAGAAACUGUGGAUACCGUCGAGAUCGUUGAAGAGCGUGGGCAGUCGAGAUCGUUGAAGAGCGUGGGCAACAGAGGCCGACGUACUGGCCACAUCACGGAGAAUUUCAAGGGGCACCAAUGGUCGCAUGUCUCUUGGCAGCCAAUUCUCAAGAGCCACCACUUCUCUGAAGAAAAGCUAGAGAUAUCGUCUACCAAUAUUAAACGUGGCGACACACAGCUCGCAAUCUUCAAGAUCAAGGGCAAAUACUACGCAACACAGCAAAUGUGUCCACACAAGGGCGCGUUCGUGCUCUCGGAUGGUUUCAUUGGCGACACUGAUGCCGGAACUUACUGGAUCUCUUGCCCAUUAUGUAAACGAAAUUUCGAGCUCAAUGGGGAAUAAGCCGAGCAAUGCACAAGCGAUGAGACGACCAGCGUCGCAACCUUUCCAGUUGAGGAACGCGAUGAUGGCUGGGUAUACUUGAAGCUGCCGCCCGUUGAAGAGCUUGAUGCGUUGGGAUGGAGAAGUGGAAGGUGAGGAGGGAAGAAGCAGUGGAUCCGUUUGAGAAAGUCGAUAGGGUCUAUAAGAGCUUCAGGGGAAAAAAGGUCACUUAUAUUAAGGUUGAAAUAAUAGGGAAGCGUGCUACGGCACCUAGUAGGAUUGACUGGUAGUUAACAACUUUGUACGCAUAUUUGGUGUUAUUGGUUCAUCUGCACUACAUUUUAUACCCUCACAUAUGUAUUACUUCCACACUCGGCAAUUGAGCAAAAUAAGCAU